AUGAUUUAAUAAUAAAAGAAUUAUCUAGAAUCAACAAAAUUGGAGUAAAAAACAAGAGAUUAAGAAGUUUAUAAAUGGGAUGAUUACUUAAAAAAAUUUGUUAAAGUUAGAAUUAAAAUCACUAUAACACCAGAAAAUUCCAUUAUUUAUUGGUAUGAUGGAGUAAAAUUGAGAUAGUAAAUGAUUAUUUAUAAAUUUUUAUAGGUAGUUAAUUUUUGAUGACUUCAGGGAUCUAGAAAUUUUGAAUAAUUUUGAAUAAAUCUAAUAUCUUCAAUGGAAAAGAGAAUAUGGAAAAUCCAAUAAUAAAUAUUGCAAGUGUAUUGCCAUUUGGUAUGGUGUAAUUUUAAAAUUUAUAUAUGGAUACUAUAAGGAUGGAUUCAAAUAAGGUUAAUGGAUGAUGCCAUUUAAUAAUUGUUCGAGGUAUAGAUUUAAAAAUUAUAGUGAUAUAGUUAAUCUUAUGUAUGUGAAAGUGGAGAAUUUUGUAAUAAUUUAAAAUGUGGAAGAUGGAAUUAUAUUUAUAAAAACAAAAUUAUGUUUUAUUUAAUUUUUAUUUAGAAGUGGUGGAGGAUCAUAUGAUAAAAAAGCUUUAAAGAUAGGUAAAUGGAUUGAGUUGUCUGAUGGAUUUUAUGAUGGUUCUUAAGUAACAUAUAAAGGUGAAUAUAACAAUGGUAAGAAAGUUGGUUUAUGGGAGAUUUGGUAUAAAAAUGUUAAAGGAGAUCAAAAAAAUAAAUUUAUGUAAGAGACAUUAUAUCAUUUUAUAAUUUUAGUGGAGGAGGAUUAUAUAAUGAAGGGAGCAAGUAAGGAAAAUGGGUGGAAAUAUGGGAAGGGUUUUAUGAUGAUUCCUGUGUAAUUAAUAGUGGAAUAUACAGAAAUAAUAUUAAGGUUGGUAAAUGGGAUAUUAUGACAUGGAUAAAAUAGAUGUAUGAAUAUGAUUAUAACUGUAUAAUGAUGAAAUUUUUUAAGUGGUGGGGGAUCAUAUGAUGAAGAAGGUUAAGGCAUAAAGUUAGGAAAUUGGGUGGAAAUAUCUGAUGGGUUUAAUCGUAGUUCUUAAAUAAUUUAUUGUGGGGAAUAUCUUAACGGAAGAAAAGUAGGGAGAUGGGAUAUUUUAUAUUAACAAGAAUUUUCUAAUGAUAAAAGCAAGAUGUAAAAUUAUUGUUUAAUUUUAAAAAAUUUAUUCUUUGCUGUUGUUAGAGGUGGAGGUUUAUAUAAUGAAGGAGGUAAUGGAAACAAGUAAGGCAAAUGGGUUGAAAUAUGGGAUAAGUUUUCUGUAAACUCUGAAGUAACAUAUAUUGGAGUAUAUAAAAAUGGUAAAAAAGUGGGUAAUUGGGAGAUUUGGAAUUGUGACGAAGGAUAUAAAAUAACAAAAAUGUAAAAAAUUAUUCUAUUUAAUAAUGAUUUUGUGUAUGUUUUUAGUGGUGGAGGAUUAUAUAAUGAAAGUGGCGAUGAGAGUAAGUAAGGUAAUUGGGUAGAAAUAUCAGAAGGAUUUGGUUACAGUGCCAAAACUACUUACCAUGGUAGAUAUAAAGAAGGGUAAAAAUUUGGUAGAUGGGAUAUUAAGUAUAAUUAAAAAUAAAUGUAAAAAUAUGAUAAUAACUAUUAUGACACAUAUAUAGCGGUGGAGGAUCAUAUGAUGAAGAAGGUUAAGGGAUGAAAUUGGGUAAUUGGAUCGAAAUAUCAGAUGGGUUUCGCAGUUCUUCUUAAAUAAUAUAUGAGGGUAGAUAUAAAGAUGGGAAAAAAAUUGGGAUUUGGGUGGAAAUGAAAAGAGAAUGUUAUUCAUUAAGUGAAAAAUUUAAGAAAAUAAAAGAAAUUGAAUAUGAUUAUGAUUAUUGA